UGUGUGUGUUGUAAAGCAAUUAUCAUUAUAAUAAUAAUUAGUAGGCCUAUCAGUAUGAUGCAUUCUCUAGUGAAGCUUGUAUUACAGUUACAGUUCAAAACAUAAUUUUGACCACAUUAAAAGGAGUUCUCAUGCAUGUUUCACAUAGUAGCUAUAUUGAAAUGAAUGGAAACCAACGUCUACCUGUAAGGUAGGGUGGAAAACGUAUUAAACUAAUCAAGGUUAGUCAAUUACGCUUGAAUGAUUUGACCAAUGAACAAAAACAUGCAAAAACAAACACAACCUUGCAACACCUGUAGAACGUUUUGACUCAAAAUCAUCAAAAUAUGAGAGAAAAGUUUUGUGUUACAGGCCUUCUACAGGCCUACAGACUUAUUCUACUUAAUAAUUCCUGAGAAUAAUUUGGCCUAGCUGUUUAUAAAUUUCUAAUUAUCUCAUUUGACGGGAUGGGGAGGUUACCUAUCUUUAGGUAAGUUCAUCAAUAAUGCACUGUUUCCCAUCCAUUUGAAUGAUGUAAUCAUUCACAAGUCUGCUGCUGAUUUGGUGAACGUCUCUGACUCGCCGCCCUGCGCCAUGUGCUCCAUCGCCGGUUGCCAAAUGAUGAGAGGAUCGUUCUGAUUUGGGGAGGGGGAAACAAGAACAGGAAAAGAUGGCGGUGCAGACCAACUUGGUCCCUCCCAAAAAGGUCCAGCCUGGCAUGGUGAAGUCCAGUCUAGUCCAGGCCAGUGUGGCCACCAUGCAGAACCCCAUGAGCUGUGACCCUAAGGCCAGUGGUCACAGUCCGCUGCCACGCCUGUCCAUCUCCUCCCGCUCAGCCAGCGUAGUGGCCAGCAUGGAUGCCAGCUGUGACGGCAUGGCUGCCGCACUCCACUCAGUGAUGAAGUGGAAGACGGUGCUGGCAGUGUUCAUCGUGGUCGUUCUCUACCUGGUUUGUGGAGGCCUGGCAUUCAAUGCACUGGAGCAGCCGUUUGAGAGCAACCAGAAGACCAGUAUCACUCUGGAGAAGGCUUCAUUCCUGGCGAGACACCCCUGUGUUACUCCUGAUGAGCUGGAGGCACUCAUCAAGCAUGCCAUAGAUGCUGUGAGUGCAGGAGUGAGUCCUAUUGGAGACACAUCCUACAAUUCCAGUUACUGGGACCUGGGCAGUGCUUUCUUCUUUGCUGGAACUGUCAUCACUACCAUAGGUUAUGGAAACAUAGCUCCAAGCACAGAGGGCGGGAAAAUCUUUUGCAUCCUUUAUGCCAUAUUUGGCAUCCCUCUCUUUGGCUUCUUGUUGGCGGGGAUCGGGGACCAGCUGGGGACCAUCUUUGUGAAAAGCAUCUUGAGAGUUGAGAGGAUAUUCAGGCAAAAACACAAACAGAUCAGCCAGACUAAGAUCAGAGUGACGUCCACCAUCCUGUUCAUCCUGGCUGGCUGCAUUGUUUUUGUCACCAUCCCUGCUGUCAUCUUUAAACACAUCGAGGGAUGGACUACACUGGAGGCCAUCUACUUUGUUGUGAUCACUCUCACCACAGUGGGGAUAGGAGACUAUGUGGCAGGUGGAAACCGUAGGAUCGACUAUAUGAAGUGGUACAAGCCUCUGGUGUGGUUCUGGAUCUUGGUGGGUUUGGCAUACUUUGCGGCCGUCCUCAGCAUGAUUGGAGACUGGCUCCGAGUUCUGUCUAAAAAGACCAAAGAAGAGGUUGGGGAGUUUAAAGCUCAUGCAGCUGAAUGGAAGGCAAAUGUACGAGCAGAGUUCCGUGAAACACGCCGGCGCCUGAGCGUCGAGAUCCAUGAUAAGCUCCAGCGGGCCGCCACCAUCCGCAGCAUGGAGCGCCGUCAGCUUGGCCUCGAGCAGCGGGCUCACUCCCUGGACAUGUUGUCUCCAGAGAAGCGAGCCUUGUUCACCAGCCUGGAUGCUGGCCGUUUCAAGACUUCCUCGCAGGAGAGCAUCGACACCAAGCUCAACAACCUGAGGCUGAAGGGGGCCUGUGAGCCGUACGACCAUCAGGGGAGUGAGCAAACGCCGCAGACAGCGUCUUCCUCAGAGGAGAAUCUCUUCAACCUGCGCUUUGGAUCCCUCACCAAGCUGGCCAGACGCAACAAGAACCGCGAGCUGCGGAGGAACAUUACUGAAGAUGUGCGACGGUCAAGUGUAGGCAUAAACAAUGGCAGUGCCAUGCUGGGCGAGGAGAGGACGGAAGAAGAAGGCGAUGGAGAGCCAGAUGACGAGAUCGGAGAAAGAAAAGAGGGAAACACUAGUCUGACAAACCUGUCACAGUACGCAAAGGAGCGCACUAAGUUGAAUGGGUUCACACCAGUACAGGCCAAAGAUAGAGAGAGCGACUAGGUAUAGAAUGGAAGAGCACUACAAAGACAGAGAGCGAAACAGAGUGAAAGAUACAGAGACAGAGACACCGAAAAACAGUGCAUGGUCCUUUGAGAUGUCAAGAAAUGUGCCUUUCUGUUUCCUAUGCUUAGAUUGGAACCGCUCCCAGGAAAUUCAGUCAUUGUGCCAUAGCCAUUGGAAGAAAAUGUGUUGCCAAAAAUGAAUGAAUUGAAGUGACAGAAGAGGCUGUAGUUAAAAUACCUCAUAUCUGAUGUUGCUGUAGAGUGGGCUACUUAAGAACUUUCAUUUCUACAGAAUCUGUCAUUCCAGCCUCAUUGUCUUUCAGCCCUGACAAUGCGACACUUGGGCAAUGGCUGUGUGUUAAUGCUGAAUCUUAUUUUUAAAUAAUGUGGGCAGGACAUCCCAAGAGCUAGCUUCAUGUCAUCCAUCUUCAGAAACAUUAUUGAUCUCCACUUUGUCAUCUCAUACUGCGGUGGCUAUGUUUAGCUCAGCCAGGCUGCUACAAAAGGACUACUACGUUCAAUGAAUGGGCGGGAAGUUGUGUUUCUGCUGGAUCAAUAGACAAUACGAGCAUUUACCUAGCUGACAAUUAUUCCUACAAGGUAUGUGGCUUGGAAGAUGUAACCCUAGGGCAUAAACUACAACAUGCUAAAAGCUCAUAAAAACAAACUACUCACAUUGAUUGUGCAUGGUUAUUAAAACACAACCACAGCAGUUAACUGAUAUAAACUAACUUGAAAGCUUGAAAUUACAACUGUAAUAAUGUUUCUUUUUGUUUAAAUAAAAUGAAAUGUGUCUUUCAUUCAUAUUUAUGGUGAAAAAAAGCCACUAAUUCUUCUUCUUGGAUCAACACAGAGCUGGAAUUCACCUGACAGACACUGAUUUAAUCACCUUUGGCCAUGAGAUUGUCAGCAAAGUUAAAAACACUCUUUUUCGUAUAUGACAUUCACUUUAUUACAGAGGUCUUGAGACUACUUAAAUUACUUUUUAAUUAAUGAAUGUGAUGCUCUUGAUUUUGUACUCACCAAGCAUGUUUGCACCUGUUUACUCCUUUUUAAAUCGGCCGAGCACUUGAGUUGAGUUUUCCAUUGUAUUGUAAAAUAUGAACAUAAUCUCUUUUUUUGCAUUUCUUUUCUGAAACUCAGUAGAACAUUCUGGCUUCAAUCAUAUCCACACUGAAAUGUGUUUUACUGUAGUUCCUAAAGGUUUACUCAAUGAAAUUUUUGUCAGAUGACCAUUCAUCACCAUUCAACUUUGUUUGCAUUUUAUAAACAGGCACUCGCAAUACUACCCAAUGCCUACCAUGUAUCCAUAGCGUGCACUGCAUGCAUUUCUAAAGCUGAAUUACACACACACUGGAACCUGUAACCUGAUUUGAAUAACAUUCAUCUUUUCAUGACCAUUACCUGUGACAAGUUGAACGACUAUUUGUUGUGCACAAUUUAUUUAUUUGAUCACAUUAAAUGUAGUGAGUGCCUUUUCCCAAAUAAUAAACAUGACCAAGAAAUUUGAAAGUUGGUAUACAAAUAACAUAAUUAGCAUAUUCAUUCAAUAUGCUGGUGGUAUAGGGUGAAGGGCAGUGCUUUUCCAAGGUCAUUUCUACAAAAUUAUAUUCCAGAUUUGAAAAACUAUUGCUAGCUGUUUUUCAGUAAGAGGUUUCACAGUUGCUGGAAUUACUAAGUUAAUCAUGUAACAGGUUGAAAUUCAGAUCACACUGUAUGGAUUAUCAUCUAAACAUACAUUCAUUCUUUAGGAACGUGUGAACAUGAAAAUAUUUAUGGACGUUCUCAACUCAUGAACUGUGUUUGUAAUAAGGAUUGGCCCAUUGGUGGAUGAAUGCCACAUGUUCUCUCUUCAUUAAAGCUAACUUCCUAGCCCCAGAGGCUCUAGGCUACAAAAUACAAAGACAGAAUCAUGCAGUAGUAAGUUAGCCUAGCUACCAAUCCUGUACUAGAACAUACGGACUGAAUGUAACCAGCUCUCUUAGGGCAGGUUACAGACUAUGUUUUGUGUGUGUGUGUGUGUGUGUGUGUGUGUGUGUGUGUGUGUUUUGGCCAUCAAUUUCUCAAAAUGUUUUGGCACACAUAUGAUGGACAGUUGAGAUGAAUGUGUAUUUAGAAGACUGUUUUCUGUUUUAUUUUAUUAAAUUUGGGCU